AUGCCUCCCCCCGAGACGAAUCCGCUGCACAUCUACCGCACCUGCCUGCGAGAAUGCUCCUACCUCCCCCUCCCGCGAUGCCGGGCCUAUAUGAAAAAGUUCACCAUCGACAGUUUCCGUCGCUGGAUACCCAAGCACCCUGGAGGUAGAAGUCGCAAACUCCACGGUCCCCAAAAUCUUGGCCCCGAGAAGGUGACUCGAUUGCUCCACCAGGCAAGGAAACUGGCCUCGACCCUCCGUCAUGCGAAUCAGGGAUACAUCAUUCCCUUGGAAAACGUCUUGCGCAUGAGCUAUGGGAGAAAAGGACCUAGGAGAUAUGAACUUUUGCACAAGUUCUUAUAUCCAACACCACCUCCAGCCUCUGAAGGCGAAGAAGCAGGGCAUCAUUCAAAAGUCACAAAGGAACAGAAUGCAGCGACCGCGGAAACGCUGUUGGCAGAUGAGGAACUGUUGAGGAACGACACCACGGAGGAGGAGGAGCCCUCUGAGAGCACCACAGAGGAAGAGGACACAUUAUACCCUUCAUUACACUCGACAGUCACCACCGCCGGUCCGCCUGACGCUCCUUCUUCUGUGCCCGCUACCACUCCUCCCCCCCAUCCUCCUCCCCCCCAUCCUCCUCAUCCCCCUCCUCCUCAUAAUCUCUCAAAUCCCCCCCAAGAGGAAUGGAAACUCGACCUCCCUCCCCGCCUCCUCGCCCUUCUCACCUCCCAAGCCAACGAACAAGACCACUUCACACGCGUCGGUGCCCACCUAAAAGUGAAACUACGUUUCAACCCCCCACGGACAACAAUAUGGGGCAAACCCCUCCCACAAUCGCGAUACAAAAAUCUCCGCAUAAAAUGGUACAACCACAACAUCAAGGCCGCGUUGCCACCCUUGCCGGAAGACGAGUACGAGGAGCUUCAUGAUCUGGUGAGCGGGCAGAGGGAGAUGGAACCUGCCACAAAAUUUAUCCCACAGCGUCGGACGAGGACACCACCACCGGCGGCACGGAUCUCACCCGAGGAGGACAUGGCGGAAAGUUUGCUUGAGAGUGAAUCCAACCUGAUACUGGAAGGUCCACGGCCGGGCCCCCGCAUCAAGGAUUGGCACCACGGUCGCCCUCACGAGAUCACGCCUCGACUUCUACGCCGAUUACUCUCUCGUAUCAUCUUGAAACAGACACCCUUUGUGAAGAUGGCGGCUCCCGGUUCCGAGGCGGCCGAGGGCUCGGGAUUAGUCUUCUACUGGGACGAUGGCAUGUCGAGGGACGUGAUGGGAAAAACCGAGCAGAAGGCGUCCGAAUCUUUGAGAGAGAGGCAAGCGAAGCUUUUGUUUGAAUGA